ACCGAACGGUCUCCCCAUCUCGACCAAGAGAGGUCCCUGGUGUAAUACUGCGCGUUCUUGUUGAGGCAUCUUACUCGGUUUGGUUUAUCUUCCAUGAGAAGCACCCCGAAGCAAAUUGGAAAUGCAGGUGUAGGUGGCAUGUCAUAGUUGUACCAUUCCCAUCGCCAAAAGAAACAUUCUGGGAACAAUAAUAGGUUCAGUAUGAACCUUUGUACACUUCCACACGCGAACACGGAAUCGAGGCGAUGAUUGGAUGAAACGCGGGGUCCGCCGGACGCGUGUCCUAUCAUCCGUCCCAAUCACCGCAAGAACCCAAUGCUUCUUGUUAACCCGCAGUGCUCGUGUCCGGGGGGGGUAUUCAUCUUCUCAUCACAAGUCAUUCGGUGGAAAGGACUUCUUCUUAUGUUAAGAGCCGAAUCCACGCAAAGCUGGGAUUUGAAGCCAAGAAAGGGCCCAUUCCACCAUCCGCGCACACCAAGUCUCCCGCCAGAGACUUGCCGCUCUCCUCGAAAGCUCCCUUCCAUCCUCUCCUCAGGAAACUCGAUCCGGUGCUCUUUCUUGGCCUCAAAGCUUCCAACUUCCUCCCACCACAAUACCAUCCACCACCCCUCGCCCGCCCUUUGAGUCAGUUUUGGACGCUGGUCUUGGCCGAAGCUGAGGCUCAUGGCGUCUGGUGACGACGGGCUUCUUGCACUUCCUGCUGCCUCUAACAUGGGAAGGAAGAGCACCAGUAUCCAACAUAGAAGGUUAAAUCUUGAAAAGGAGGUGGCCGAACUGCAAAGGAUGCUCCAUGAUGAAGAGAAAGUGCAUGAAAUUUUGGAACGUGCAUUGCUUCCACAAAAUGCUCUGUUAACCCUUCGUAUCUCAAGUUUCCUUCCAAAAAAGACAAAGGAACUUUUAGCAGAACUUGUAGUGGUGGAAGAGGAGAUAGCUCGACUUGAAAGUGAAAUAAGUAAAGUUCAAGUAGGCCUACCAAACAUGCAAGGAGCUGAAGAACAGAAGACCUCAAAAGUUUUCAACUUUAAGGACACAAAUGUAAAUGUCAUAGUUGAACCUUCAAGUGAUAAGUCAGUUGCUUCAUCACAUGUGCCUGGUCAAGAAAUUUUGCAGCAGAAGAUAGCACUAGAAACCAAGCCUUUGUUCUUUAUAAACCAGGCAAUAAAAGGAGAUUAUUUGGUUAAUGGUUUCAGCAAUAUAAGAAGUGCUGGAAGCUUAACCAGGUCUUUCCAUUACAAGGGAAGCCAAAGGGCAGUGGAAAUUAAGGAGAGAGCUUCAAGGAAAGGUCGAAUGCCACAGAAAGCAUCCUUGCCUAAAUUGCCUCCAAAGCACCUAAGCAAUAAAGAUGCUAAUGUGGAAAAUUUUCUCACAGUAUUCAAAGAACAUUCUACUGUAAAUUCAUCAGACAAAAAUGGUGGAGAAUACCAACCAAACAAGUUAUCUGAGAAAAUAUUGAAGUGCUUGAUCUGCAUUUUCUUAAGAUUUAUAAGAACAUCACGAGCAUUGGAUCUAGAAAAAUCUGGCAACUUAUUAAGAUCUGCCAACAUACUGCUACGAUCAGGAAACUUCCAGAUUGAUGGCAGCUUGAUGUUGAAGGGAAAAAUUCCAACUCAAAGGGAAAUAGGGCACCAUGAUCCUUAUGAAAUUUUUGAGAUUGAAGACUCUCUACUGAGAGAUAUUGGUCCAUACAAGAAUCUUGUCAAAUUUACCUCAUGCUCUUUGGAUCACAAAGACAUUUCUAGUUCUCUUGCUUUAUUAAAGAAGUUAAGGAUCUUAAUUAGCAGCCUUCAUAAGGUGGACUUGACAUUUUUGACCCACCAAGAGAAAUUGGCUUUUUGGAUAAAUGUUUACAACAUCUGCAUCAUGCAUAGCUUCCUAGAACUUGGGAUGCCUUCAAAUCCAGAAAUGGCUGAAGGAUUGAAGAAUAAGGCCACGCUCAAUAUAGGAGGGCACAAACUAAAUGCAUUAGCUAUAAAGCACCUUAUUCUAAAGCAAUCAUCGAACUCUAAUGAGGAUGGCUGGAAAGUUCACAAGGAUGAUAAAGAAAUGGUUCCUAAAGACUAUGGAUUGGAGCAAUCAAACCCCAAUAUUGUGUUUGCACUAUGUUCUGGCUGUAAAUCUUCUCCAGCUGUCAGAAUAUACACAGCCGAUGGUGUCGUAGGCGAGUUGGAAAAAUCGAAGAUGGACUACUUGCAAGCUUCAAUAGUAGUGACAAGUACAAAAAGGAUUUUGAUCCCGCAUCUGCUGCACUCAAAUAUGCAUGACUUUGCCAGAGACUUGGAUUCUUUAGUUGACUGGAUUGUCAACCAGCUUCCAACUUCUUGGCCUCUGAGGAAAUCCAUGCUAGAGUGCUUGAAGGGAAGGACAGCUGCGAAGAUAUCUCAUACGGUGGAUGUAAUCCCUAAUAAUUCUGAAUUCCAAUACCUUCUGCCCAUGUGACUUGAUCUUCCUCUGCACUUAUUUUCUUGAAAAGUAUGACGAGCUAUUAUAGCAGGAUGCGAGAAAUUAUUCCAUGUAUGUAUGCUAAUAAGGUCUGGUUUCACUUCCUUUACUUCUUGAGUUAAUCGGAACGAUCUGUAAAUAUAUCAGUAGACAAGAAAUAAUAAGCUUGUGUGUGUUUUG